AUGGAGCCUCCUUCGGCGCCAGCACCGAGUACCGAGCCACCGUCAGCCGACCAGCUCCCGGCAGAAGCGAUUGCCCUAGCGGGAAGGUUCUUCGAUGCUGCGCGGUCAGGUCAGAUGGAUAUAUUCGAGCAAGCCUUGCCACGGGGUCUACCUGCGAAUCUGACCAAUGACAAGGGCGACACAUUGCUGAUGCUUGCCUCUUACCAUGGCCACGCCCCUCUGGCCUCGCUGCUGGUGCAGCAUGGUGCAGAUCCCAAUCGCUUGAAUGAUCGAGGGCAGUCUAUCUUGGCAGGAGUGGUUUUCAAGAACGAGGCUGAAGUGAUCGACAUCCUUUUGGAAGCCGGAGCCGACCCGGAGAUAGGACAGCCGAGCGCUCUGGAGGCGACAAGAGUCUUCAGACAAGAAGCAUACGAACAAAAGUUCAAAGAGCAGGUUGAGAAACUGAAAGCCGCCGGAGCCAGAGCAAUGGACGGCAGUUCGUGA